AUGGCAAAGCUGACCCGAGAGCAGUGGCAGUUCAAGUUCUUUGACGUUGCGCAAGUCAAGCUACCCGAUGAAGAGAGCUCAUUCCUGUCCGAAGUAUGCCAUUGUCUCUCGGGUUCGGAGAGCAUCUUCUUCGGCAGCGCAGAUGGCAUCGUGCGCAUCGUGUCGCAGGCCUUCAAGGUCGUGCGCGCGUUCAAGGCACAUGACACGGGUGCAAUCAACUACAUGAAGCAGAUCGAGGGCACGUCGCUACUGGUUACCAUAGCCGAGGACCUGUCGGACGAGCCAGUACUCAAAGUAUGGGCUCUGGAUAAGCUGGAAAAGAAGACGGGCAUACCGCGCUGCCAGAGCACCCUGACCAUCCACAACGGACGGAAGCAGUUUCCCAUAUCUGCAUUCGCUGCGCUCGACGAUCUCUCUCAGCUUGCCGUCGGCUUCGCAAAUGGUGCUGUUACGGUUGUUAGAGGCGAUCUCAUACACGAUCGGGGCGCCAGGCAGCGGACCGUUUUCGAAUCUGAGGAGCCUAUUACUGGGAUAGAGUUCCGUGAAGGGAGCAUCACCACGCUGUACAUUGCGACAACGAACCGGAUAAUGACACUUGUGAUAUCUGGCAGGGGUCAAGGACAGCCAGCCAAGUCGCUCGACGAGUACGGCUGCGGGGUGGAUUGCAUGGCUGUCGACAAGACCACGCGGGAGGUCGUCGUAGGAAGGAGCGAUGCCAUCUACUAUUACGGCCAACAUGGCCGAGGACCCCCUUAUACGUACGAAGGCGAGAAGAAGAAGGUGUCGGUGUACAAGGACUAUGUCGUGAUUGUUGCGCCCCCCAAAUCAAACGCUAUGCCACGGUCGAAUCCAUUGCGAGCUUUUGGCAUUGGGGCUACUGACGAUGUUUUCAACACAUCGAGCUUUACCCUGCUCAACACAGAAUUGCGGUUUGUGGCGCAUCAGGAGCAAUUGACGUCUCAAGUCAAAGCAGUCAUAUCAGAGUGGGGUGAUUUGUUUGUCUUCACCAUGGACGGAAAGAUCUUUCGAUAUCACGAGAAGCCGUUUGCACAGAAGCUGGACAUACUAUACCAACGUAAUCUGUAUGUCCUGGCCAUCAAUCUCGCACAAAAGGCUGGAUUAGAUGCUGCACAACAGAAUGUCAUCCUUAGAAAGUUUGGCGAUCACCUGUACUCGAAGCAAGACUACGACACAGCUAUGCAGCAAUACUUGAAGGCAAUCGAUAACACGGAGCCUUCUCAGGUCAUUCGCAAGUUCCUGGACACGCAAAGGAUACACAAUCUGAUAGAGUAUCUGGAAGAGUUGCACGACCACCACAAAGCGACGUCAGAUCAUACGACACUACUACUGAACUGCUACGCGAAGCUCAAAGAUGUCGAGAAGCUGGAGGAGUUCAUCAAGUCGCCCGACGACUUGAAAUUCGAUCUCGACACCGCCAUUUCGAUGUGUCGGCAAGGCGGUUACUACGAUCAAGCGGCUUAUCUUGCUCGAAAACACGGCGAGCACGAGCUUGUUGUUGACGUGCUUAUCGAAGAUUCCAAACGAUAUGCCGAAGCACUGGCAUACAUUUGGCGAUUGGAGCCUGAGGUUGCCUACUUCAAUCUGAUGAAGUACGCGACAGUACUGCUACAGCACACUGCCAAGGACACUACACAAUUAUUUAUCGACUAUUACACCGGUAACUUUUGUCCGAAGAAGGACGCUAUCGUGAUACCAAACGCUCCAGCGACGCCGGGAGGGAUAGGCAUGGGCCUUGGUGUUGCAUCAAGUGCCGUGCAGAACCUCGCCGCUCUGCUACCUCUACCAUACAUGAACACAAGUUCCGUGGCAUCAACUCCCCUCAGCGAGCAGAAGAGUACAAUGAGCCAAGCUCAGAUAGUAGAGACGACUACGGACGAGCCUGCGCCUGAGUACACGGUGCCCAAGCCGCGGACCGCAUUUUCGGCGUUCGUGGACCACUCUCAAGAGUUUAUCGUAUUCCUAGAGGCAUGCAUCGCGUCCGAGAACCUUCGCGAAGACGACAAGGUCGAUCUGUACACAACACUGUUCGAAAUGUACCUGCACACCGCAUCAUCAAAGAAGGAUGGAGAGCGACAAGAGUGGGAAAACAAGGCCAAGAAGCUUGUGGAAGGAAGAGACAUACCCAUCGACACUUCGAAUGUUCUGCUCCUCUCGCAUCUCUCAAAUUUCCGUGAUGGGGCUAUAUUAGUACGCGAACAGCAGGGAUUGCAUUUCGAUAUCUUCCGCUCCUACACCGCCGCCAACGACACCCAAGGCGCCAUCCGAGCGCUACGAAAGUAUGGUCCCGAAGAGCCUGCACUGUAUCCAGCUGCUCUUGCAUACUUUACAUCUUCGCCAGAUGUCCUCGCAGAAGCAGGCGAUGAGCUCGAUAGUGUACUCAAGAAGAUUGACGAGGAUGGUCUAAUGGCUCCCCUCCAAGUUAUCCAGACACUCUCCACAAAUGGUGUCGCAACAAUGGGCAUGAUCAAAUCAUACCUCAGCACAACCAUUGAGCGCGAGCGCUCUGAAAUCGCAUCCAAUCGUCGUACCAUCGAGACGUUCCGUUCCGACACUGAGACCAAGAAGAAUGAACUACAGAAACUCAACACCAAACCCGAAGUCUUCCAAGCCAGUCGCUGCCAGGUAUGCAUGAAGACGCUCGAACUACCUGUUGUGCACUUCUUGUGCAAGCACAGCUACCAUCGGAGUUGUUUGAGCACGGACGAAGAUGUUGAGGAUGCGGAGGUUGAAUGCCCAGUAUGCAGUGGGCAAAAUGCUACAGUGAAGGCGAUCAGACGCGCGCAGAUAGAGAGCGCGGAGAGGCAUGAUUUGUUCCAAGAUGCGCUCAAGAGGGGAAGAGAUGGGUUUGCGGUCAUUAGUGAAUGGUUUGGGAGAAGGUGUUAUGGGUGUAGCAAGUGCGGAUUAGAGCAGAGUAUGAGUACAAAGCUCUCCUGCUGCCUCCCUCUCCUUCCAUAA